CACAUGUUUUAUGAAAUGACUAAGGAACCUUGCUGCAGCCUGUUAAACAUGGCACUCUAUCUAGUUGCUGCUGCUCUCUGCUUAACAACCGUAUUUGCUGCUCCAACAACCGACCCUGCUCUAGAUGAUCAUUGGCAUCUCUGGAAGAACUGGCAUAAAAAGUCCUAUCUACCCAAAGAAGAAGGCUGGAGGAGAGUGUUAUGGGAGAAGAACUUGAGAACAAUCGAAUUUCACAACCUUGAUCACUCUCUUGGAAAACAUUCUUACAGACUGGGAAUGAAUCAAUUUGGUGACAUGACAAAUGAGGAGUUUCGACAGCUGAUGAAUGGCUACAAAAACCAAAAGAUGAUAAAAGGCUCAACUUUCCUUGCCCCCAAUAACUUUGAAGCACCAAAGACAGUGGACUGGCGUGAAAAAGGCUAUGUAACACCAGUUAAAGACCAGGGGCAAUGUGGUUCAUGCUGGGCAUUCAGUACAACAGGUGCACUUGAAGGUCAGCACUACAGGAAGGCUGGUAAAUUGAUUUCUCUAAGUGAGCAAAAUCUUGUUGACUGCUCCAGAGCUCAAGGAAACCAGGGAUGCAAUGGUGGCCUUAUGGAUCAAGCUUUCCAGUAUGUCAAGGAUAAUGGAGGCAUCGAUUCUGAAGACUCGUACCCAUACACUGCUAAGGAUGACCAGGAAUGUCACUAUGAUCCAAACUACAAUUCAGCAAACGACACUGGUUUUGUUGACGUUCCAUCUGGAAGCGAAAAAGAUCUCAUGAAGGCAGUAGCUUCAGUGGGACCAGUUUCUGUUGCAGUUGAUGCAGGACAUCAAUCCUUCCAGUUUUAUCAGUCUGGAAUUUAUUAUGAUCCUGAAUGCAGCAGUGAAGACCUGGAUCAUGGUGUACUUGUUGUGGGUUACGGCUUUGAAGGUGAAGAUGUGGAUGGGAAGAGAUACUGGAUCGUCAAGAACAGCUGGAGUGAGAAAUGGGGCAACAAUGGAUACAUUAAGAUUGCCAAGGAUAGACACAACCACUGUGGAAUUGCAACAGCUGCCAGUUAUCCUCUGGUUUAAUAUAAGCCAUUAUAUAUGGACCUCAUUACACCUUGAACUUUAUGUGCACAUUGUGUGAACCUCCAAUUUUAGCAAGUACUGGCCUGUUUUUACCUGAUGGAAUUGCUGCUCAAGGCUGUCUUUUACAUUUGUGUUGGAAGUUUAACAUCCCACAUUGACGCUGGGUUGUUUUAGUUUUGUUUACAUGUUGAUUUUAAUGGUGUUUUAUGUGAUUUAAGCUUUUAUAAUGUAAAAUAAAAAACUUGUUAAUUCA